UUUAUCCCACCGUGGUCGUGAUUGGUGGGCCACUACGACAUGCAUGCGCACACUUGAUACACUUAAGUGGAAAGGAGCCGUAUUCACGUGCGGUAACCCGCUGGUACCAUCAAGGGCGAAGCAUGAACCUUGUGGGCUCAUCUAAAAAGACCGGGACAACUGCUGUGGCCAUUUGAAUAAGAAGCAAACAGGACUGUGCUGAUGAUUGCUUCUUUCAAGCGGUGGCAUUUUGGGUACAGUCUCCUCUGCAUGCUCAGUUGACAGCGCACAAAAGGAGUGACGACUCAGGACGAGGCUAAGCAAACAUCCAGAGGAGCGUGACUCGAGAAUGAGCUACGAUGCAGUGCGGAGAACUAUCCCCACGUCAAAACUGACGGUCCGGAUUUUUCUGUGCAUCAGUUUACUGGCAGUUUCUCCGCAGGAAUGCCGCAUCAUCCAGAACGGGAUGGAUUGACAUCUUUCGUUCUCCCACCCGAGGGUUUGUCUCCAGACAUCUCCAUUCACGACUUAUCGGACGCGAGUAAGACAGAGAACUCGGCAAGAUAAGAUGUGCAGGCCUAAUGGGGUUUACAUCACACAUUGCCUGGAGCACAUGGGCAUUCACCCCUGCGCCAGUAUCAGCCACGACCGGCUAUAAACCUGCAAUCAUUCACGUUCCUUCUUGUCGGCGGCAUGUCGGCCGGAUGGGACGAUAUAGUGCAUUGACUGAGUCAGGACUGGUGUCUCCACUUUUGUGGCUCCUUUUAAAGUCGGUACUAUCCCAUUGCUUCCUGUGACAUCAAUGGCAUUAAGAUUGUCUCCGUAAUGGAACCAUAAUUCUCAAUUAUGCUCCCCCCACGAAAUGAACCAGCGGAUAUCUGCAGUAAAUAAUGUACUUGGGUUCGACAUAGUGGCCUUGGCCAGCAACCUUUGUUCCACGAGCUACGUCUAUUUUAUCCGCUUGAACGGAGUUGGACACGGAGGAAGCAGACAGUUAUUUCUAAGUACAUUUCCACAUGCAGCAAGGCUCCACCAGCAAGACAAACUUUCUGAUUACCACUGCUAUGUGAACACGUUUGUAGAAAAUAAACACGUUGCUACAUUUUACGUUCUUGGGUGGACUCUCGUAGCAAAUUUCGGCAGCCGUCCAUCGGUUCAUGUUGGCACCCAUUUCUGGACGAAUUCUGCCAAAGUCUCACGCACCAUGAGCACGUCAAGCCCCUUUGGCAGACGGAAGAAAAGUGGGUCACAGACGGAGGUCAAAAUAGCUGUGACUGGCGUGAGCGGCGUUGGCAAGAGCGCUGUCACGGUGCGAUUUCUGACCAAGCGCUUCAUCGGUGAAUACGGACACGAACCAGAAACGAAGUACCACCACCAAUGUAAGAUAGACGGAGACAUAGUGCUGAUGGAAAUUCUGGACACUGGACACGAGAAUGUCCUGACCGAAGAUGUCUUACAGUGGGCAGAUGGCCUGCUCCUCGUUUACUCCAUCACCGACUUAAGGAGUAUCGAGGCCAUCCGACGGGCGAGGAACACCCUGGAAGAAAGCCGAAAUUCCAAGGCGGUGCCGGUGGCGUUCACGGUGGUUGCCAAUAAGGCAGACCUGCUACAUCUACGCAAGGUUGAUACCACGGAAGGUGAAAGACUAUCCAAAGACAUGGGUUGCUCGUUCGUCGAGCUUUCUGCUUCGGAAAGUUACGAUAAGAUAGCCGAUGUCUUCCACGAACUAUACCGAGAGAUCAAAAUGUACAAAUUCGGUACGCGAUCGACACUCUUCGGCAGAAUGUUCGGCCAUACUCGGGACAAAAAGACGAUGACGUUAUAAGUGAGUAUGGAGCCUCACUGAGUCAGGCAAGAUCUGCUGCAGAAGGAAGGUGCCCUAAUUAAAGAUAAACCUUAGAGGCGUCAGUCUAUAAUUCCAGGCGAUUUCAUAAGUGGCGAUCUACAUUUAUCCCUGACCCGAGCUCACAAGCUGACAGGCUGGUAAAGUGGAAGGCACCUCUACAGGUCAGGUCCGUCCAUUUCAGGAGAAUAAUAAUCGGUAAUUUACCGGGAUAUCUAGGGAAAUCAGGAAAGUGCAGCAGCGGCAAUAAUUACAAUGUCAACUCUUGGUAGGGUAGCGAUCAUGGGCGUCGCCAAGGUAGGGGAGCAAGAGGUUGCUUUCCUUCUCCCCCAAAAGUUAUACAUGUAAAUAAAAAUUUAAAGGAGGAAGGGAAACAAGUAAGCAGUGACGUAACUGGGGGAAAUGUCCGGGGGGGCACCCCUUGGCACCGGCAUCACUCUACGUAGUUACGCCACUGCCAGCAAGAUAAAUCAAAAAGAAGGAAAGGGGGUGAAAAUAAAACACCUCGGAAACAAACUUCUUUUCAUGGGCGUCAAUCGCUUUUCAAAAGUGUUUGUGGGUGGGGGCAUAACCUUGAUCAGAACUUAUGCGGGCGCGAAGUCUUCGGCGGCGUGGGGUCCGGGGCCCGCUUGAGGGCGCUGGAAAAUAUGGGGUUCUAGAUGCUCUGUGCUCUGUGGUGCGAUCUCGGGCAAUUUCUGACCACUUUAGCUAUUUCAUAAGCAAACGCUUUUGCAAGAUUUGGUUCACUUUUAAAAUAAUUUUAUCUUGAAAUUUUUUUAUGUAAGUUUGCAACUUUUUUGUUUCUCAUUCCCGUGUCCCCUGUAAGAGGAAAGAUAACCUGUAAUAUGAAUCUAUAGGCCUACUCCCCUACACUUUUAUUUUGGGUCAGGAAGAAAAGUGUGUGUGUAUAGGGGGGCGGCAAACAAUAUGAUACCCCCACUUUGAGAAGUGUGUGUGGGCGGGUGUCCCCCGUCGCCCACCGAUUGACGCCCAUGCCUCUCCUCUGGAAAAUGUCUGGCUCCCGGUAAAAAGCCCGACGACGCCCAUGGUCACAGUGAUUGUAUAAUGUAAAGUAAAAGUGUGCUAAUACAAACCUAUUUAAGUGGAAAGGUCUUUAAGUACAGUUUUCGUUUCUGGUGCACAUGUUGCGAAAUGUCAGUAUGCAUGUUGGAUGUUGACUAUCUUGAAUGCUGAUAACUUUGUCCUGUUAUCAUUUUGCGUCUUCAAUGUGUAUUUCUAAAGGUAAAACGUUUUGACCAAUUCAUAUUUUUCGACAGUGUGUAGGAAAAACAGUCGGAAAGAAUUUGUAAUCAACUUACACAAAAAUUCUUGCUAAAAAGGACUUCACUUAUUAACCAAAACAGGGCAAUGGGUGGCGCCACACAAAGUUAAUGUUGCUUGAGACCUUGGGGAUGGGCCUUCUUGUAACUUCACAGUGUUCAUAUAUUGACAAAGUAAGGCAACUUUCGAAUUACAUUGUACCUUGUUCAUGACAGUCGGUGCUUCACCACCACACUUGGUCCUGAGGUCGUCCCUUUUUAGUUACAACAGCAAUUGUGUAAGAAUGAACAAAAGUCAUCUUUCAAACGCCCUUCUGGAUCUUUUUCAGUGUUAAUUGAGGAUGGCAUUAGACAUCAUUGAAGUUCGUGUGAUUCAUAAAUUGAUUACUUUGUGCAUUAUUAAACGUUUGCUGUGCUCAAAAUCGAAGGCAUCAACGAAAAGACUUGAUUGUGUCGGCUAUUAGGGCGCCAUCUUGUGGUAGCAUUUUACAAAAAAUCCACAGAUUAAAGUCCUAGCAAUGCUGAACAAUAGUCGUGCUGCGCGAUGACAUUUAGAAUGCGGGAAGCAGUGGAUCAAUGUGGCUUUUCCUACUUAUAACAGUCUUAGCUAAAAUAUGUACAACACUUGUUGGCAUUUAAUUUUUCAGUGUGCAAUGGCCGGUUUCAAAAUGUAUGACCCUCGGGUAUCUACUACGCCAACAAAAGUUCCAGUGCUAAAUAUGAACCAGGGUUAUGCAUUGAGUAUUAGUGCUGUGUUGGUUUGAGGGAUCGAUGUCGCAUGUCUUCUGACGUCACCUCAAUUUCUUCUCCUUUUUUGAGGGGGGGGGUGGGGAUCCGAAAUCAAAGGCUUUAUGGGUUCCUAAAAGAGGUGCCCAAAAGUCUGAUAUUGUUGACAAAUUCCUUAGUUAACUUCAGUCACUGACAAUCGUAUGAAGUGCGCCAGUUACAGGUAUCAAUAAAUAUAUACACAAUACAUGACAAGUAUGGCUACAAAUUCUGUAAAGGUUGGGUUUCAAAUAUGUCAGGCUAAAGAGUAAGUUUUAAAGCUGGAGGAAGGGAUAGGUGGAAGUUACAACCGUCUGACGUUGGGGGCGCCGUUCACUAUAUUCCAAAUGUAUCUGACAUUGUGGUGUUUGCAUUGGGUGCGUUCAAUUAGCUUACAUGUGUGGGUCAAA